AUGAUCGCAGAACGCGACUCCUCUCCCGAGCUAGAGAGGAACAGCAUAGACAUGGCCGCGUACUCCGAAUCGGAUCUGGGCACCGAAGACUUCGACCUCGGAAGACACGUCGCCACCGUCCUGACCGAGACCUUCGAAAGGCAACGCCUCGAGGAAGAACGAUUCGAACAACUCCUCCGUCGCGAAUGGCUCCGGCACAGCAGCGACGACGACGACGACGACGACGACGACGAUUCACCCGACCCAGACCAUCUCCCCGACGACCGCGGCGCCACCCUCUCCUCCGCGACGACAGCAGCGGCGCAAGCCCCAAGCACGACGGCCGCCGCCGCGCUCUUCACCUCGCUCUCCGACUUCGGCACCGACACCGACAAGACCAUGUUCGAGCUCGUCGUCGCGCUCGACGAGUACGCCCGCGUCCUCUCGCGCGUCGACGCCCUGUACGACCAGAUCCCGACGCUCCUUCCCGACGACCGCGUCUCCGACGCCACGCGCCUGCGCGUCGACGCUCUGCUCGCCGCGUCCGAAGGCGUGCUCGAAGCGGGCGGCAGGGCCGUCGAGCACGCCGUCGGCGGGCCGGACGUGCUGGGCGGCCUCGUGGUGCGCGCGGAGGCGGAGGCGGAGGUCGACGGCGGAGUGCCGCCGGUGGUGCGGCGCAGGGUGAAGUCGGAGAAGCUGCAUCAGAGCUGGGUGGCGGGCAAGAAGAAGAAGAGGCGCGACCGGAAGAAGCGGACGGGCGUCACGUCCAUCGGGGAGGUGGUGCGGGACAGGAGCAACGAGGGUGAGAUUGAGGAGAUGAGGGGCAGGGGCCGGGGCGAGCAUCGGCAGAAGGUGGUGGCGAGGUACAAGGUGAGGGUGGAGGAGGAGCGCUUCGACUUUCCUCAGGGUGAAGGGGGCCAUUUGUGA